CUCUGCACAUUCGAGUGUGCGGCCUCAACCUAAUCAUCCGGUGAGCUGGUCCGGUGACCGACGCCGCGAUGCUCCGGGCAUGCGUCGCGGCGCCUUAUCACGCUGCCGCGCCUAUCGCGACGCUUUGACGCUCGGUGCCGUCGACCUGCUGUCAGUAGCCAACUAGAUCCAUCGCACGCACUCUGCCUUCUCGCCGCGCAUUCAAAUCACCCAUUUAGCCCGCGGCACGCUUCUGCAACUGUCAUAGCGCGGUCGGAUCCGGUUCUUUUUUUUGGCCUCUUCCGGGCGGGGUAUGGGGUUCCGGGGUACGAGGUUUGGUUAUUGGAAACUGUGAUGUAAUUGGAUUGAUUCUUGUUGGAUUCGUUCUGUAUAAGAUUAACAACAUGCAGCGGUGUCCGUACAUCCACGAGAUGAAGGAACGGCUGUUGGGAGAGCAGAUCCCCUUGGAGGUGGUGCCUGCUGGAGCAACGGGAGGGAAGAAAAUCGCAACCCCCACCCCGCCGCCACAGUUCGUCAUGGACCAAUCGCAUCAUCAUCAAGCACCGCAACACCAAACUGUAGCUACUGUAGUUAAGUUGAAUCCUGACGGUUAUAGCUCUCAUACAUCGCCAACGCGCCGAGCUGAUAGAACACCAUUAAUGCCUAAGGAACCAGAAGAUGAAUUCCACUACGUUCACCAAAAAGUGUAUCCAAAAAAUGCCAAGUAAGUGUACUUUUGUAUUACACACGUUAUAGAUUUUCCCGUAUAUUUUCCCUUACAACUUAUAAUGAUAAGUAGGC